AUGCUUAGAAAAGCAGAUGAGGAAUCAAAGAGGAAGGCAGAGGAGGCUGAGGUAGCAAAGGCUCUUGAAGACUUUGAAAACACAUUUCAACAGUCGAAUAAGUUGGAUCGAGCCUGGGUUAAGGGUGGGAUCGUAAAUCCUGGCAAUGAAGAACAUAAGUCUGAUGCUCCUUCCUCUGCUUCUAUGUACAAUCCCGUCUCAAAAUUUGGAGAUAAAUCCUCAAAGACCUUGGAAGUUGGAAAGGUUGAAUCUAAGGGUGAUGGUUCCAAGAAGCCAAUUAUUGGACGAAAAUCUGGUCAAGCAAAGAAAAUGACCAAUCUGGAGUUGUUCAAAGAAGAGUUAAAAAGCCUUCAAAAACAACGUGAGCAGCGGCAUCAACUGAGACAGCAGAAUCGCGCUAGAGGAAUAUCCGAAAGCAAAGCACCGCAAAGCUUGCCUACCUCUGAGCUCUCCUUGGAGUACGAUGAAUCGGACAAGAGAAACCGAAUGCGAGAGUGUAAGGUCGUUUUCCAAGCACAAGAAUAUCUCUUAGAUGGAUAUCCAUAUGAUGAGGACACUGAUAAGUCCACAACCAACCUCUUCCUCGGCAACCUAUGCCCCAAAAUGACGGAGCAACAGCUAUGUGACAUAUUUGGACGCUAUGGCCCCUUGGCCAGUGUUAAAAUUAUGUGGCCACGCACAGAAGAGCAGCGUGCCGUAGCCAGAAAUUGCGGUUUCGUCGCCUUCAUGAAUCGCAUUGAUGCGGAACGAGCUUUGGAAAAUUUGCGGGGCAAAGAGCUGAUGGGCUAUGAAAUGAAGUUGGGCUGGGGCAAAACUGUUCCUAUCCCCGUCUACCCUGUGUAUGUUCCACCCCUCCUUCUUGAGCUCAUCAAGGCACCCUCGCAAUCCGGUCUUCCGUUUAAUGCGCAACCUCGGGAUUGGUUGAAGUCACUUAGGCCAGCAAUUAAGGAAAGGGCGAAGCUCGUUACUGAGUCUAUUGGUAAUGGUGACUCCGCAUCGCACAGCCUACCGCCAGCGCCUGAUCGGUUCCCUUAUAACAUUCAUACUAUGCCGAAAGAGACGUUUGCUAAGGUGUUGGAAGAGGCCGUUGUUAAGGUGGUCAUACCUUCGGAUAGGACAGUGCUGGCUACAAUCCACCGAUUGAUUGAGUUUGUUGUGCGGGAAGGACCUCAAUUCGAGGCUGCCAUUAUGCACAGAGAAGAGAAGAAUCCUCAAUAUAAGUUUCUCUUUGACUACCAAACCCCUGAGCACCUAUAUUAUCGGUGGAAAUUGUGGUCUAUACUCCAUGGAGAACCGGUGAACAAGUGGAGCUUGGAGGAGUUUCGGAUGUACGAGGGUGGGCCGUUGUGGAGACCGCCACCGAUUAACUUCUUUACCAAUGGGAUGCCGGAGGAAUUAGUUGAACCUGCUGACUAUCCAUUUGCUCCGGGGUAUCAUGCUGGGAGAAGCGAUGACGCGAUAGAUUCCGAAUGUCGUGACGAUGCAUUUCGUCGAGGCGCUAGCGGUGAUCGAGGCGGAGCCUUAGGCCUCACUGAGGCUCAGCGCGGUCGUCUAGCGGUGUGGAUCAAUGAUCUGGAGCCCUCUCGAGCCCAAGUCGGUGACGUAAUGCUCUGGUGUUUGGAACACGCUGAUGCUGCUCCAGAUGUUGUCGAUAUAAUUGCCAAGUCACUGAAACGACCCCUAGGCAAACCGGAGUCGGAUGAAGAUACUGAAUAUGGUGGUAGUAAUGUAUUUACAGUCAAACCGGCUACAUCGGUGCAAUCUGUGGUCGCGAGGCUUUUUCUCACUUCCGACAUCCUAUACAACUCGGGAGCGAAAGUACCUAAUGCAUCAUUUUAUAGGAAGUGCUUUGAAAGUCGACUGUUUGAAAUUUUCAACGAUAUUGGGUCGUUUUUCCGUGAACUGGAGAGUAAAUUGAAGGCUGAGCAGCUGAAGCAAAAAGUAAUGCUGUGCUUCCGAGCCUGGGAAGAAUGGGCGAUAUAUCCCAACGAUUUUCUUAUACAACUACAGAAUGUCUUCCUCGGAUUGACGCCCAGUGUGACAUCUAAGAAGUCUGCCAACAUUUCUGAAAUGGAUGAAGAGGCGGUUUCUGGUGUGCACUUAGAAGCUGCUGCUGUUACUUCCAAAUCCAGUGGAAUGACUGCAGUCACUGCUAAUGUGGAGUCUCUUGACGGUGCUCCACUGGUUCAAUACGAUGGUGAUCCUCUAGAUGUGGAUGGCAGUCCAUUAAAUUUCGGUGGUGGGGACAACGAGGAGGAUGAAGGCAUUGAGGGCGUACCGUUGGAUACCACGUGGGUUUGGAUUUAUUGUGGAGCUAAUGUUCUCCAACUUCGUCUAAUUUUAUUUUGGCUAUCUUCUAGUUCCACAAAAUUGAGGGAUGCUAACAAACUACCCUCCGCCCCAGCACCACUUUUUGUGCCAUCCAAGUGGGAAUCAAUUGAUCCGGAUAAAGCAGCUGAAGAGGCAGUCACCUCCAACCGAUGGGAUCUCUUUGCCGACCCAUCUGCUUCACCAUCCAAGCAACCAUCUGCUACAGGUGAAAUUGCAGCCUCAAAAGACGAAGCCGAUGAGGACGUUGAUGGAAAACCACUGGAUGGAUUUGGUGCAGCUGGUCUGGGCCUCGUUGCCUACGACGACGAUGACGCUUUGUCUCCUCCAUCACCACCGCCACAGCAGACAACUGAACCGAUCUCUGAUUCUCGCCGUCGAGCAUUGAGGGAGAUCGAAAUGAAGGUAGUAAAGUACCAGGAUGAGCUGGAAGCCUGUCGUAAGAGGGGCGAUUCAUCGGUAACUGAUGAAGCCAUUUCUAAGCAAGUGGACCGAUUUCGUGAGCGACUUCUGGAGCGGCUAGAAGAAACUCAAGAAGCAUCGACGAAAUCUUCGUCCUCCAAACCUGUCGGCAGCAGCAAAAAUUCUUCUUCAUCAAAGUCUUCAAAGACAUCUUUUCCAUCUUCGACGUCAAAACGACGGCAUGGUAGUAGCAGCAGUGCCAGUAAACGACACGAUGACAGUCGUUCUUCACGUCGACGGCAUUCGAGAUCUCCUGACGAGGACACUUAUUCGGCCUCCCCAAUGUCAGGAAAACGAACUCGAGAAGAGUUAACAGACUUGAGGGAGGAGGGUGAAGCUUCGGACGAUGAAGGCGGUAACUCUCACAAUCAGCAUAAACGUUCCAGGCGUCGAGAUGACGAGAGUCGUAAUCGCGAUCGAUCACCUCGAAGAUCGCGUCGCUCACGCUCACGGUCGCCGUCACCAUCGAAGCGGAGAGGUGGCACCACAUCGUCCUCGAGCAAAUCUUCUCAGAAGAAGAAAUGA